UUGUCAGUUAUGCUUUAAUUCAAACAAAUUAAAUCGAAUUUGGGACUCAAAACUAAACGCCUUGUGAAAUGUUAAAAAUACACUUUUCAAUGUCAUCCAAAGUCAAAGAAAUCGCCAAUCAAAGGAUGAAAACGACUUUAAAAUCCGGAAAAAACAGCCCAAGUGAUAAUGAAAAACUUGUUCAAAUAGGGAAAACAUUCGAGGUCGGAGAAAUUUCCUAAAGCUCGAAAUCAACAUUUCGAAACUGGGGAUUUUCAGAGUUCGCAACGAAUCCCACCAAUUGGGCGACGAUGGAAAGUCGACUGCCAAGAACGGAAAAAAGUCAGUUGACUAUGUUUUAAUCCUUACAUCUUAUAUUCAAAACACGAGUUUUAAGGCGAUUAUGGAAACCCGUCUAAUUAACAAGGUAUCGGGAGUACAGAUAGUUCGCUGCUUGCACUUCGCCUCAAAAAGUCCUAGAUGAGACCUUUCGACAAAUGGGAAGUUGUUUUUCCAGGGGAAAGGGCCGUUCCUCUGUGCCCAAUACACUGAAAGAUAAAGAUGAAGCGGUGUUUGAAGGUGCAGAAAUUCAAACAACUCUUAAUGGCAACAACAUAAUCGAGACAGCUUUACUUAAUAAUUCGGCAACAACAAGUCUACAUAGGGAAAGGAGUGGAAGAACAUUUUACACACGCAUGCCAUCUGUUGGAAAGACACCAGAUGUUCGCAUCGGUAAAUCUGUUUCAGAGACGAAAAUAAACACUUUAUUCGAUAAUUAUAAAGAUAGUUUAGACGAUAUCAUAUUCGCCGAAGGUAUUGAAAAGCUCUGCGCAGAUUUGGGUCUAUCCCCCGAUGAAUUUAAAGUUUUGAUAUUUGCUUGGAAAUUGGAUGCCGCUCAGAUGUGCAGAUUUACGAGAGAAGAGUUUGUUGCAGGUUGUAGAUCAAUGUGUGUUGAUAGUAUAAGAGGAAUUCAGAUGAAGUUGCCUGAAAUCGUUAGUCAAGUAUCAUCGAAUCCAGAUGUUUUCAAAGACCUUUACAGAUUCACAUUUAGAUUUGGCUUAGAUUCUUCAAUCGGUCAGAGGAUCCUCCCGACUGAUAUGGCUAUUGUCCUUUGGAAAUUAGUGUUUUCAGUGAGAGAGCCUCCUAUACUCUCUCGUUGGCUAAAUUUCCUCAGUUCUCAUCAACACAUUCGAGGGAUACCAAGGGACACGUGGAAUAUGUUCCUCAAUUUUUCUGAAGCUGUUGGUGAUGAUCUAUCGACUUACGAUGAUACAGAAGCUUGGCCGAGUAUCUUUGAUGAUUUUGUCGAAUUUGAAAAUGAUCAAGCUAACCAAAAUAUAACAAGCAAAGAAAAAGACAAUGAUGUAAUCCACUGACCUUUAACCUUGACAAUAAUCAUUCUAUUCUGUGACAUAAUUUUCUAACGUAUAUCCCAAAACUAAAUUACCAGGUAAAUCAAGUCUGUGAAUUAUGUACAAAUGUAUUAUCAUUUUCAGUCCACAAAUUAUUUAAUUUUAUUUCUAUGUCUUUUAAGUUAGUAAUUUGAUGAAGUGUUUUUAUGUGCAUUUUCUACACAUCCUCUCCUUUAUUAUAACAUACAAGAGAGGGUAAAUGAAGCAGCUGUCGGCAAAUAUUUCAUUUUAGUCCUAUGACCACAAUUAAGUAAAACCACAGGCUUGUCAUCCUGGUAUUAGGCCUCAAAUAAAGCAUGAUUAUUUGUUUGUAACAUCAGAUGAAAUAACAAUUAAAAAUAUGUCACUUUGUAUUACAAUUUAUUUCUAGUUUUACUUUUUUUUGUGCCAAAUUUAUUGUCUUCCUGUGUCAUUUUAUUUGUUAACACGGUUUUGGCCUAUAAAUGUAAAACCAGUAUUAAUGUACUGUAAUCGAAUAUUAAAAAAGAAUAUA